UGGGUUAUUUUUGUACUUUAUAUAGAGAUUUGUGCAUGAAGGACACGAUGGGAUAAUCCAGUCAUAAUUCAUAAUGCCAGUGCACAGGGAUUAGUCACAGCAAACUUGUGUGCAAAAUAACGCAUUACUUCUGAUUCCAUCGUCAUUCUCAGCUCUUACAAAAAAGCUACAUUUAUGCAUUGAGAUUAGUUCUCAUCCUGUUAUGAAUAGAAGCAGAGGAAUGGUGUAGGCUAUAGGUUACUUUUUAAUGGUGGUUAGACUGUGUUCAAAUUAGGAAGUGACAUUCAUCUACGAGACUGUGGAGAGCUGUGUGACAGCCGGCUGGCCUCUUCAACUAUACACAGAUACCAAAAUAGGAGUCUAAAUGGAGGGGCCAUCUGUCUUCUGUGUCAGAGAGAACGCGCGAGAGAGCUAUGCUUGAGGAGCUAAACCCAUGUAUCACAUCAUGCUCUUUAAAUCUCUUUUAAUCUAAGAAGACGAUCUGUGUCAAUCCAUUCAUCCACUUCGGUUACUUCUUCUAAAUCAUGUCGUCGAAGGACGGAGAAAGUUACACAUAUGAAUUUUGUGAUGAAGAUCAUCCAUCAGAAACACUGGGUGCUCUUAGGGAGUUCUACGCUUGUGGCCUGUUCGCUGACAUCACGCUCCAGUGUUGUACAGGACAGAUGUUUCACUGUCACAAGGCCUUGCUGUCGGCCCGUAGCACCUACUUUAAAGUCAUGUUCACCUCUGACAUGAGGGAACGUUCAAAUGUCAUCAUCAAUCUGCCUGGAAUAGAUGGUGAGAUUCUGAGCGCCCUGGUCAACUAUGUUUAUACGUCCAAAGUGAGCAUCACACAAGCUAAUGUGCAAAGCCUUCUGGAAGCAGCUGACCUCCUUCAGUUCAGCUCAGUAAAGGCGGCCUGUGAGGAGUUCAUGAUGCGUUUUUUGGAUGUUGAUAACUGCCUUGGGAUGCAUACUUUUGCUGAGCUUCAUGUCUGCCCCGUGCUGGAGCGUGAGGCACUGAGGAUUAUCCUUAGCAGAUUUGAGGAGCUGAUAUGUCAAGAGGAGUUUUGGGGACUUGAAUUCAAAAAGCUUGUCACAAUUCUGUCUGCUGAGAACAUUAAUGUGUGGAAGGAGGAGACACUUUUAGACGCAGUUGUGAAGUGGGUGACCUUUGACAUAGAUUCUCGCAAAGCUAACAUUCUGGAUCUACUGCACAGCAUUCAGCUCGAGGUGGAUGACGUGUAUCUCAGAACGGCUUUGGACGUGCACAAACAAUGUAAUGAACACAAGAUACGAUCUAUCAUCAGCCAGUCUGUGAAAUCUAGUGGAAUAUCUGCAACUUGUAAGAAUCUCACAUCAAGAAUGUAUAUCAUAGGUGGAUAUUAUUGGCACCCGUUGUCAGAAAUUCACAUAUGGGAACCCAUUUGCAACACAUGGGUCCAAGGGAAGGACAUGCCUGACUACACAAGAGAGAGUUAUAGUGUUUCACUUCUGGGUUCCAAAAUCUAUGUGACAGGAGGAUACAGGACAGAGACAGUGGACGCACUGGAUACAGUUUGGAUUUACAACAUUGACACAGAUGAGUGGACAGAGGGAUGCUCUAUGAUCACUGCUAGAUAUUACCAUUGCUCUGUGCCCUUACAUGGAUGUAUAUACGUCAUAGGUGGGUACACAGGGGGUGCCCCAACUCAGGAGACCGAAUUCUACGAUCCGUUAAAAAGGAAAUGGUUUCCUGUGGCGGAUAUGAUACAAGGUGUUGGAAAUGCUACUGCAUGUGUAGUGCAAGACAGAAUCUACGUGACCGGAGGUCAUUAUGGACACAGAGGAAGCUGCACCUUUGAAAAAAUACAAACUUACAGAGCUGACAUCAAUGAGUGGAGCAUUACAACAAUAAGUCCCCAUCCAGAGUAUGGACUUUGCUCAGUGUCACUGAACAACAAGCUCUACUUGGUGGGUGGUCAGAGCACCAUCACAGACUGCUACAACCCGGAGAGGGAUGAAUGGACACAGAUAGCCAUGAUGAAAGAGAGACGGAUGGAGUGUGGAGCUGCAGUAAUAAAAGGGUGCAUCUAUGUGACCGGUGGCUAUUCCUACUCCAAGGGCACGUACUUGGAGAGUAUAGAGCGAUACGACCCUGAACUGGACUGCUGGGAAAUAGUAGGGAACCUACCUAGUGCGACUCGCUCACACGGCUGUGUUGGUGUGUUCUGUCUAUAGAGUUUUUUUUCCCCCAUGUACUUAUACCUGUGUGUAUUAUAUUUGUAUUUAUAUACAGGAUGUUAUUUCCAACAUGUAUGAUUGGGAGUAAUGUGUUUAUAGAGUUUGUACUGAGUGUUCUUACAGCGCUCUGUAUUUCACAUAUUGGAUCUUAUAUCUAAAACUUAUAUCUGAGAAUCAUUUUUUUUUUUUAACGUUAGUGUUGUCACAUAUACAUUCCUACAUGCACUGGCCUGCUUACCAGGACAAAAUUAGACAUAGCUUCAGAAAUUUCUCAGAUAUUUUUAAACUCACAACCUAACAAGUCUAAUAUAUAUAUAUUAUAUAUAUGAGAAAACAAACAUGGGCUAAGAGAGAGACCUGAAGAGCUGCUUUAAAAACCAUAAACUUCAUGAACCUAUAAAGCCUCACUUACUUAUAUGUUCUCACAAUGUAUCCAAAAUGAGAAUUCAAAAAGAAUACAAGUAUGUUUAAACCUAAGUGUGCUUAAUAUAUGCCCUUUACAAUGGAUCUCAAAAAUAAUUUGCUAUUCAGUGAUCCAGUACUUUAAAACACUUACAGGGUGAUGUGUACAAAUAUGUUAUAUAUAAAAUAAAAAUAAAAUAAAAUAAUGUUUUGAUUUAUCCUUUGGAAAUCGUAAACUUGGUACAUUUCCUGGAAAACUUGAGAUGAAGUGCCUGUAAGUAUAUUAACUGGGACUGUGAUUCUUUAAUGAAUUCCCUUCGUGUACUGUGAAUUUAUGUUCUAGACUUGUUCUUUACAUAUCACUUUUCACACAUUUAUAAACUCUUAUUCCAAAUAAAAUGUUUUGAUACAUGAUAAAAUAAAAAAUACU